AGCGAGGUGCCCUUAAACUUGUCUCUCUCCAUUUCCUCCCAUCCAGAGCUAGCUAGCUGGCUAGGUAGCAGGAGCUCGCAGAAGAAAGAAGCUAGGAAAGAAAGAGGCAGAAAAUGGGUCGAGCUCCGUGCUGUGACAAGGGCAGCGUCAAGAAGGGGCCAUGGUCGCCCGAGGAGGACAUGAAACUCAAGGACUACAUCCACACCCAUGGCACCGGCGGCAACUGGAUCGCGCUCCCCACCAAAGCUGGUCUGAAGAGGUGCGGGAAGAGCUGCCGCCUGCGUUGGCUCAACUACCUGCGGCCAAACAUCAAGCACGGCGAUUUCUCCGACGAGGAGGACAGGGUAAUCUGCGCCCUGUUCGCCGCCAUCGGCAGCAGGUGGUCCAUCAUCGCCGCGCAGCUCCCCGGGAGGACCGACAACGACGUCAAGAACUACUGGAACACCAAGCUCAAGAAGAAGCAGCUGCACCUGCUCAUCGCCGCCGCCGCCCAUGGCCAGCAGUACAGCUCCAGACCACCGGAGCCACCAUUCACCCUCGAGCACCACCACCACACUAGCCCUACUUCUGCUGCAUCUCUAGGCCAGCUCCUCAUGUUUGGAGUCGGAGGAGGAGACCAGCAGCAGCAGUACAUGCCGUCAUGCUCCUCGGUCGACAUGUCCAACAACACCAGUGCUGCUGCUGUUGGCCUGCAGGAGAGCCUCAUGUUUGGUGGCUUGGAGUUUCAGCAGCAGGAGGAGCACACCAACAACCUGCUGUCACCACCACCAGCAGCAUUUGGGAAUGACAUCAUGACCUAUGAGCAUCAUGAGAUGAUUUCGCCGAGCGGCUUCUUCUUCUACGGCGACGGCGCCGGUGCUGCAGCAACCCAGGAAGGGACUAGGUUCCUUUAUUAGUUAAUCGCAUCAGCCACGCAUGCAUGCAAGACACAUGUACACAUUGAUGCUAAUUUCCUUGCAUGCAUGUGCCCCCGGUCGCCCCAUAUAUAUGUGAAAGCCAUGGCCGAUGCAGAUUGAUUACUACUGUAUUUAUUUAUUUAUUUUGGUGUUCGUUUCAUAAGUUGAGAUGACCUCUCCCUAGCUAGCUAGUUUAUGUGGUGGUGGUGGUGCUGUGUGCUGUAAUAAGCUAAUGUAGAUUGUAGACUUGUAAUUCGAAAUGUUCUUGCUUAUCUAA